AUGUCGAUGUCCAGCAUUUCUAUUUUGGACAACAAAGGUAGAAUCUUAAUUUCAAGAGAUUACAGAGGUGAUUCAAAGCACGACAUCGAACGUUUCAUCCAACUGGUCAAAGAAUCGGAAGACAACAACUAUAACAUUCCGGUUCUGUCUUCUCAAGAAGCAUCCUUCGCGUACAUCAAAGAAAACGAUUUGUACAUAGUGUGUGUGUUGAGAAAAAACGUAAACAUCACCCUUAUCUUCACGUUCUUGAGAAAGUUUGUGAGACUCCUAACCGAAUACUUCAAGGAAUUGGAAGAGGAAAGCAUCCAAGACAAUUUCGUAAUAAUACACGAAUUAUUGGAUGAAGUGGUGGACUUCGGUUACCCCCAAAUCACCGACUACAAAAUCCUCCAGCAGUACAUCACGCAAAAGGGCUACAAGCUGAAGAAACAAAUGACCGUCCCACCGGCCGUCACGAAUUGCGUCUCAUGGCGUUCCGAAGGCAUAAAGUACAAACGGAACGAAGUCUUCCUCGACAUCAUCGAAUCGGUCAAUGUAAUAAUGAACCCAAACGGCACCCUGGUAAAAAGCGAGGUCAUUGGGUCGGUACAAAUGAAGGUGCACCUCAGCGGCAUGCCGCAGCUGCGUCUCGGUUUCAGCGACAAGCUGAUCCUGGAGGACAACACGUUCGGAUCGCUGGAAGACGUGAAGUUCCACCAGUGCGUGCAACUGUCUCGCUUCAACAACGAACGUACGAUCUAUUUCAUACCGCCCGACGGCGUUUUCGAACUAAUGUCGUAUCGGUUGAACGCCGAGAUGAAGCCGGUGUUCGUGGUCGAGCCCCAGGUGGAGUAUCAUCCCCGUAGUCGCAUCGAGUACGUAGUGGUGCUGAAGGCGCAGUUCAAAAAAUGCGCGAUUGCACACGAUAUUGAGGUGCUGUUUCCCGUCUUGAACGAUGUGGAUUCGCCGAAUGUGAGUUGUAGUUGCGGGAACGCCAGCUUUUUGCCCGGACAGUGUGCGGUUUCCUGGAACAUCAAGGCUAUGGCUGGCGGUCAAGAUCAUUGUUUGAAGGCCAGUUUCAAGCUGUCCAGUUUUGAGUUGGACGAGGUGGAAAUGAAAAAACCUGUCCAAAUUAAAUUUUCGAUUCCCUACUUUACAAUUUCUAAGUUGCACAUUCGAUAUAUUAAAAUUGUUGAAAAGACUGGUUAUAAAACUCUUACUUGGAAAUCUAACACUAUAUACAAACAAACAUUUGUUUCAGCUGUAAAUGGAGAAAUAAACAUUGAUUUGCCACUGCAAGAGUAUAUUUUAGCAGUCGGCCAAGAUAUUAACAUAACUUGCAGUGCUACAGAACCAGUAAAAUGGGUGCUACCUAAUUCCGAUAUCGAAUUUAAUCAAACAAGACUUGUGAAAAACAAAGAGUACAAAGCAAUUUUGAACAUAAAAAAUUUUACAUGUAAUGAUGUCGGAUUUUACAAUUGUACCGGAAAAAUAUUGGACACUUUUGUUUAUUUGUAUGCGGAUGAUCCGGUUAAUUUAAAUGUCCCCGUUCCCUUUUUUCAAACGGGUAUACCACACAAAAUUGUUGCCGCCGGUUCAAAUACCGUAAUACCCUGUCGACCUACUUCACCUGAAGUGGAAGUUAUCUUGAAAAAGGAGGAAGAACUGGUUUCAUAUGGUACCCUAAAUGACAGGGGUGGUUUGUAUACAUUCCACCCGUUUUUUGGUUUCUUUAUUAAUGACACCAUGGAGAUUGGAGAAUUUUAUUUUACAUGCACCUUUGCCAGAAAUGGAACUAUAAAUAACUUAAGUUUUUUUCUCUACGUCGAAGAAUCUAGUAUCUUGUAUAAACCUGAUGUCACAGACUUAAACUCUAGUCACACGGAAAUUGGACAAAAGUUAGCACUGACUUGUAAUAUAACAGUACCCCACAGUGUAAUGUUUUCUUGGAUAACCCCAAAUAACCAUACCGUAGAUAAAAAUACGACAUCUGUAACGUUAAUCGAUGGUGCUGACGGUUACAGAAACACUUUAAUCAUAAAGAAAACAACCGCAAAAGAUUCAGGCAUUUACACAUGCGUGAUUGAGGAUCAUCAUAAUCAAAAGGAGACAAGAGACAUAAACGUAACUUUAAUAAAACCUGGUCACCACUUUCUGGACCUAUUUCCUGAAACAACGGUUCUUACUGUAACUUCAAGAGAGAACGCCACGUUUAUUGUACAGAUAAAAUCUCAUCCAGCAGCUGAAUUAUAUUGGGAAAAGAACGGGUUGAAGCUUCUGAACACGUCUAAAUAUUUAAUCCGAAAUACACCAGACUUAGCCAUAUUAAAUAUCAUAAACGUCGACAUAACUGAUUGUGGAAAUUACACUUUGAAAGUCUCCAAUUAUUACACUAACGACCACAUCAACUGUUUCCUAAACGUUACCGAUAAACCAGUGGUGUAUAUUAACACAACGGCUUUUCAUCUACAUGGAAAUCCUUCUACUGUGAUGUGUGAAGUGGCGGCAAAUCCACCACCCUCGAUUUUUUGGUUUUUCAAAGCUUGCGCCAAUUGUAAAUUGGAAACGGUCCCGGAAACCAGUCUCGUUACGAAAAGCGUUUAUUAUGUUUCGACUGUCACCAUGAACGUUGAUCGGGAUGGCUUUUUGAUUUGCCAAGCAAAUAAUUCUUUUGGCGAAGAUAAAAGCGAAACUGGCUAUUAUAUCACUGAUGUAGAAAAUGGUUUUGCUAUUUUCGAUUUCGAGCCGGACGUAUAUGUAGUAAACCACACAAAAGUAGUCGUGCCCCUUGGAGUCGAUUUUUCGAUGACGUGCGGAGCAUCUUCUGUUAAUUAUUCGGAUGUGACAUGGAUGCACAACAAUUCUAUCGUUAAAGAUGAUAUAGAAGAAAGUUCAACCCAAUACAGCUAUAGAGUGAAGUUAAAAAAAUACAAUAUUCAAUUCUACGAUGGUGGACUGUAUAGCUGCAGGUCCAAAAAACAUCAAAUGCCCCACCCUGAUAAACGACUGGUGGUUAUUGUUAAACCCAACUUCCCCAUUUCGGUGAAUGUUGAACCGGACGUAGACAAAAUCGACUUGAAAUUGGGGCAAGUUGUCGAAUUAUCCUGUUACAUUUAUGGUAUCCCUAAGCCAUUGACCAGAUGGACCAAGGAUAAUGAAGAAAUUGAAGUAAUGGAUUCGGAGGUUUUGAUGGACAAACAACCAUAUCAAGUUCUUAAAAUUCAAGUUUCAAAGGAUGGUGUCUACGAGUGCAGUGCCCUUUCUGGCUCUUCUAAAAUAUCCAAACAGAUUAACGUUAAUUUGGAAGUGCCGAGUAUUAGUUGGUAUGUGAUUGCGAUAUUGGCAUUCGCAGUAACUGGUGCAGCAACUGCUCUCUAUUAUGCUUACAGAACCCAUUUAUCGAAAAAGAAAUUGGAAUUAGAAAUGAAAAAGGCCGGACUGGAAAAUUUCAAACAGGGAGCCAUCGAAAAUAUAAAUCCAAACUUAGCUAUUGGCGAUCAAGCUGAUCUAUUGCCCUAUGAUGAUAAUUUUGAAUUUCCCAUAGAGAAUUUAAAACUGGGCAAACAAUUAGGAUGUGGUGCUUUUGGAGUAGUUUUAAAAGCUGUAGCUAAGAAUAUUGUGGACGACGAAGAAAAUACUAUUGUUGCUGUUAAAAUGGUGAAGAAAACCGCCGAUUACACUCUGAUCAAAGCACUCGCUUCCGAAUUGAAAAUUAUGGUUCAUCUUGGAAAGCACAUAAAUGUUUUGAAUUUAUUGGGUGCUUGUACUAAAAACGUCGCCAAAAGGGAACUUCUUGUGAUUGUCGAGUUUUGCCGAUUCGGAAACAUUCACAACUACCUUUUAAAACACAGACGUUCAUUCAUAAACCAAGUCGAUCCCAAUACUGGUAGUAUUGACUAUACUAUUGGUGCAGAUAUUUUAAACAGAACUUAUUCUAUCACCAGUUCCAGUCCUUCAACAGAGUACGCAAACUUGUCGUUUCCAAAAUCUGGUGAAUAUAGUGGUGGUCAAGGAUAUAGAAGCUACUCCGUUAAUUAUACUGGUAAAACUGAAUUGACAUCACUGGGAUACUCAACAGGCGAGGAAAUUAUAACAAGUAACAACAGCAUCCAACCUGAGUGGAGAUCCAACUAUAGAGGCGACUACAAAGGCACCGUUAAACCGAUUUGCACACAAGAUCUCCUUUGUUGGGCUUUCCAGGUUUCUAGAGGAAUGGAGUAUUUAGCUUCGAGAAAAGUACUCCAUGGAGACUUGGCUGCCCGUAACAUUUUAUUGGCGGAAGGCAACGUGGUAAAAAUUAGCGACUUCGGACUUGCCAAAUCCAUGUAUAAUAACGAAAAUUAUCUUAAGCAAGGGAAUAUUCCGCUGCCAAUUAAAUGGAUGGCAAUAGAGUCUAUUAGAGACAGGGUGUUUUCGACCCAAUCAGACAUUUGGUCUUUUGGUGUGGUACUUUGGGAGUUGUUUUCUCUCUCGAGAACACCGUAUCCUGAGAUGGAUCCUAAUCAAACACUUUUUGAAAGGCUAGUUGAUGGUUAUCGGAUGGAAAAACCUGAAUAUGCCUCCAAAGAAAUAUAUAAAAUGAUGUUGGACUGCUGGAACGAAAAGCCUCAAUUAAGACCAUCGUUCACAAAAUUGGCCGAAAGAUUGGGCGAGUUUCUUGAAGAUACAGUAAGAAAGCAUUACAUUGACUUAAACGAUCCGUACUUGGUGAUGAACACGCAGAAACGCGAAACCGGAGACGAUUAUUUGGCAAUGUUGAGGCCGCCUGAUUACGAGGUGUUCUCAUCGCCGGACGCUCCGGAAGACGACCAAGACGGUUACCUUUGCAUGAACUCUUCGGACAUUUUCAGUCCCCGAAUAAAAGACGGUCAAGUAUUCGAUUUUCCGAUCGCCGAAACGGUUUCGGAACCGAGCUUCGAGCUGCGACCAACGGCAGUCGAGAGGACGAGUUUUUCCAAUCCCUCGUACCACUUGCCGCCAAAGGUAAAAAAUGUACCAGAAAUUGUCAAGUUCGCCGACAAUUAUGUGAAUAUGCCGAAGAACAAACAAGAUCUUAACGAUGCCAGGAGUGAGAAGGAGAAAUGUCACUAUAUUAACGACUGCACAAGAGACUGGGAGAGUGUGAUAAAUAAUCAAAAAGUUACUUAAAUAAAGUUUAAUUAGAUUGUAAGUUCUACCAGUAAAUAUGUAUAACAUAAAUAUAUAUUUUUACAUUAUAUAUUUAUUUUCUACGAUUAUAAAAAUGGAUAUAAUAGUUAAGUUCUUUUUAUAAUAAUAGACAAUCUUAUGCUAUCAUUAUAAUUUAUUCAUUCCAGCAGUGAGAAAUUCCGAAAUGAUUAAUGAUUUUAUUUGUAUUUCUAGUUAGCAAAACUCUUCCUAUUGCAUAUUAAUUGCUUGAACUUAAAAAAUAAAUUGUUGUGUUUAUAUUGUUUCUUUCGUUUCGUUUCCUAAACAAGGUCUUAAAGUACGUUGACGUACUUCGUAAGUAAUAUUAUUUAUCCAGAAAGUUUUUUGUUAUUCAAAAAAAUACCUAGAGUGUAAAAUAGAAUUGU